AUGAAAGGGCGAACCACAUUAUUCAACCCGGGAUGUGAUCACGCAGGCAUUGCCACGCAGGUAGUCGUGGAGAAGAAGUUACAACGAGAGCAGGGCUUGUCACGGCAUGAUCUCGGCCGAGACAAUUUCAUCCAUGAAGUGUGGAAAUGGAAGAACGAGAAGGGUGGAGUGAUCUACGAUCAAUUACGGAAGAUGGGUGCUUCAGUAGAUUGGGAUCGUGCCUGUUUCAUGAUGGAUCCGAAGAUGGUUCGAGCAGUUACUGAAGCGUUUGUUCGUAUGCACGAGAGUGGUACCAUCUACCGAUCAAAUCGCCUCGUUAACUGGUCCUGUGCACUCCGAAGUGCCAUAUCCGAUAUUGAGGUUGAUAAGAAAGAGUUACCUGGCCGCACCCUCCUUCCAGUUCCUGGUUACGACGAGAAAGUGGAAUUUGGAGUGCUAACCUCAUUUGCUUACAAAAUCAAAGGAGGAGGUUUGUUGCAGUCCUCAUGA